UUGUAAAUGUUGAAAGACUUAAAUUCAACAAUUUAACAUUUAUGUUUGUUUAUAAUUAAUUAAAUCUUAAAAAGUGUAUAUUAUUUUUUUUGUUUCUUUCCUUGUGUCCUCUUCAUCUUUCCCCUUCCCUUAAAAAGUAUCUUUUUCUCCCAUUUCUAUUUCUUAUUCUGAUUCUGAUUCUUCUUCUUCUUCUUCCUCCUCUUCUCUUUGUAAAUUAUUUCUAUAGAUAAUAUAAUAAUAGUCAAAUUUUAUCCGUUGGAAACUCAACACACACUCACUCAACACUCGCUCACUCACUUAUCUGAUACAUUUACACACAACAACAACCAAAACAACCAAAACAACCAACAACCAACAUCCAGACAACAUACAGUAUAAAAAUACAUACAAACACAUACACACACACUGUUCACAUUUGUACACACAUAAAAUGUCCUCCUUGAGGGAAGCCUUGCUUGAAUAUCACAACUCAUUGGAAGAGUUGACCUUCAACUCGAAAACCGUCAUCUCCAUGUUAACUAUGGUCGCUGCUGAAUUCGAUGAGAUCCCCGAAGGUCCUCCUAAUAUUGUAGAUAUGAUUGCUAAACGUGUUACAACGGUUGAUAUUAAACAGAAACUUCCAGUUUUGUAUUUAAUAGAUUCUAUAUGUAAAAAUAUUGGUAAACCUUUUACCGAAUUGUUUGAGAAGAAAAUAGUCGAUGUUUUCAAACAUGUUUUUGAAGAAGGCGAUGAGACUACUCGUCAAUGUUUGUAUAAAUUAAGGAAAACAUGGAUUGGUAUUUUCUCUGAUUAUCAUUUACAUGAGAUUGAUUCAGCGGCUCAAAGUAUUGAUCCAGCUUGGCCUAGUAUUCCUACUAAUCCAGGACCACCAGCAGCCAAAAGAAAAAAAGAAAAUCUAGAUUCAACGUCAUCAGCUGUAUCUAAAUCAAAAAGAUCAACAAUCCCCAUUUCAGCCCCACCAACACCAUCAAAAGGAUCAAUUACAACUCCAGUGGCAAUUACUUCACAGAUUACGACCCUCAUUCCACCACAAGCUACAAACGGACUACUUAUUCAACCCCAGGCCCAAAUAUUAUCACCUUUACAACCAAUGACCACUUCUAAUCAUUUACCAUCUUUAAACUUUCAUUCAUCAUCUUCAAAACCUCAAUCAUACGAAAAUAUUAGUCAACAUUAUUGCCAAGUCGAUGGUAAUACAGUCAAGUUAUUCUUUAUAGAUGAAAAUACCUCUAUUGUUUUGAUGAAAGACUCUCAUCAUUUGUCUUUAAAUGAAUUAGUAAAAAUAAAUCCUUACGAUCUUGAACCUAGAUUGAUCAUGUUCGAGGUCAAGCAAACAAAAGUUUAUAUCGAUAACGGUAAGAAUGAGUCAAGAAAAAUUGUUUUAUUUUACUUUAAAUCUAAAACAUUUUUUCACGGUCAACACGCUCAGAGUAUUAGGUUAGGAGGACCUUGUCGAGAAAUUAUUCUCAAUGGUAAACCUUAUCAGGUCUCUUUCGGUGGACCUCCGAUAAAUGUUAGAUUCCUCGGGGAUUCACACCAAACCCACACUCUCAGAUUAGGAGGUCCACCGCCACGGGUUAAAAUCUCUGAUGAGAUCAGAGUCGAUCUAUGGGUCAAAUACGUUGACAAGUUUUUCGGUCGAUCGGAUGAAAACUCGAUACAAAUCACUAACCCUUUUUCGCCCCUUCCAUCAGCCCAACCACUUUCUCUCCCAAGUAAUUUAGGUCCAUCAUCUUCAUCGCAAUGGUCCAAAUCAAUGUCUUCGAAUCAAGUUACCCUACCAAUUGCCGUUUCGAACUCGAAACCUUCAACUGAUCCACCGGAUAAUCUUAGAAAUUUAUUGAAUAAUCUAAUCUCUGUUGGUUUAAUUCCGCCGUCGGAAAAACGAGUUAGUUCAAUCGAUGAAAUUGAAAGUGAACCUUUACUAUUGGAGACAAAAUCACUAAAAGCCGAUCAUCCAAAAGUAAUCGCAGAUUUAAUUAAUGGAACUCAAUGUCCUAAUUGUUCAUUACGAUUCGAAGUUGGAGAUUCAAAUGAAAGAUCCAAAUAUUCGGUUCAUCUUGAUUGGCAUUUUAGAUUAAAUCGACAAGAAAGAACAGAUUCUAAAUCUAAAUCAGCGGCAGUUCGUCGAUGGUUUUGUCAUCUUGAUCUUUGGGUUUCUUUUAAAGAGAUAACUGAUGAAACGGAUGAGAUGAACUUGGACACCGAGAAAGAAGAAAACGAUUGUGGUGUUGGUGGAGAGAAAAAGGUGUACACAGUUAGUGCCAAUGAAGAUGAAACUCUUAAUGUGUGCGCUGUUUGUAAAGAAAAGUUCGAAACCUCUUGGAACGAAGAUGAAGAAGAAUGGCAACUAUUGAAUGCGGUUAAAGGUCAAGACGAGAAAAUCUAUCAUCCUCUCUGUCUAGAAGAUCUUGAGAACUAGCAGCCAACAUAAAUUCUCAUGCGAAGGAGAAACCGAUGGACAUUGAUAUCGAAGACGAAACAAUCAAAACGGAGCAAGUUCGAGGAAUCAAAGAAGAAAUCGAGAAGAUCGAAACCGAAUUGCGAAAAGAAAAAAAAAUUCGAAUAUAAAAUCUACUAUUAUAAUAUUCAUUCAUCUCUAUGUACUUAUUUGAUUCUGUAUGAUAAAUUUGAUAAUAAAGAAUAAAAAUUA